GAAUUUGGAUUUUCUGGAAUUUUCAGUUUUCCUUUGUUUUCUCUCUUUUUUUUCAUUUUAAAGUUCUUUCGCAACAUAAAAACCUUCGUAAUUUGUCUGCAAAAAAAAAAAAAAAAAACCAUUUUCAGACACAAACACACACAGAGAGACACAACAAUCAAAACUGGCAUGCCUCAAAAACCCUUCCUUUCCCUGUCUUUAGUUUUAUAGUUCUUCGUGCCCAAUUUUAAUACAGCCAAAAAAAAAAACAGGCCCAGAGUUGAAAAACAUUGGAUUUAUCGAAAAAAAAGCUAUGGAAAAUGGAACAGGGGUUGUUGCUGGUUCAAGGAAGUCGUCUACGGAGAGGCCGUACAAAGGGAUAAGGAUGAGGAAAUGGGGAAAAUGGGUGGCGGAGAUAAGGGAACCCAACAAGCGGUCGAGGAUUUGGUUAGGGUCUUAUUCAACACCUGUUGCGGCGGCUAGGGCUUACGACACGGCGGUUUUUUACUUGCGUGGGCCGUCUGCUAGGUUGAAUUUCCCUGACCUUUUGACGGGAGAGAAAAUCGGAUGCGGCGGCGGCGGCGGCGGCGGCGAUUUGUCUUCGGCUUCUAUAAGGAAGAAAGCUAUUGAAGUUGGUGCUAGAGUUGAUGCUCUUGAAGCAGCAGCAGCCCAUCAUCAUCAUCAUCAUCAUCAUGGUCAUAGCUAUAAUGGUGGUGACUAUGGUGAUCAGUUAAAGCCCAGUAAUGGUGGGUUUUUAAAUCGGGUUGAUUUGAACAAGAUGCCCGACCCGGAAGAUUCGGAUGGUGAAUGGUUAAGGUGAUUUGAUUCAAUCAUGGCCCUCCAAAUUGUUAUGAUUAAAAUAUAAUUUUUUUUGUGGGGGGGGGGGUGGUCCGUCGCUAGUGGCGGCUGGGAGCUGAUAAAAAAGGGAGGGAAAAAGAAAGUGGAGGUGGUAGUUGCUAGCAUGCACCGUGGGAUGUAGCUAACGUGCGCCGUAGUGGAGUAAGGUAAGUUCUAUACAAGGGACGGCUGAAGAAAUGGAAAAAAAAAAAAAAAAACUUUGUAUUAAUAAUUAUUUUAUCAGUGUAAUGAAAAACCCUUUGGUUUUUCUACUUUUCGAUAAUUUGGGGUUUCAUGGUAACAAAUUUUGGUCACUGUAAAAACAAAAUUGGACAACUGUAUAUUAUUAUUAUUAUUUGGCACUA